AUGGCAGAGUCUUGUGAUGCUGGAAGAAGGGGAGGAAGGAGGAAGAAUUCUGUCAAGGGUGGUGCUCGAGGGAAAUCUGGUGGGAAUCUGCCUGUUGGUAGCAUGGAACUGGGAAUAGCUGUAAGAGGCAACACAGAACAGCCUUUGCUCCUGGUACCCAGCUCACCACUUUUCAUGGUUUAUGUGGAAACGCCUGAUUGCCAUCUAGCACCGAGCGGGUCUGAUGAGGAUCCAAGCUACUGGAUACAGGUGCAUCGACUGGAACAUGGAGAUGGAGGAAUACUGGAUAUUGACGACAUCCUCUGUGAUGUAGCAGAUGAUAAAGACAGACUGGUAGCAGUGUUUGAUGAGCAGGAUCCACAUCAUGGAGGUGAUGGCACCAGUGCUAGCUCCACAGGCACCCAGAGUCCAGAGAUAUUUGGCAGUGAACUUGGUACCAACAAUGUUUCAGCUUUUCAGCCUUAUCAAGCAACAAGUGAAAUUGAGGUCACACCUUCAGUCCUUCGUUCAAAUAUGCCUCUUCAUGUCCGACGAAGCAGUGACCCAGCUUUAAUUGGCCUCUCAACUUCUGUCAGUGAUAGUAAUUUUUCCUCUGAAGAGCCUUCACGAAAAAACCCCACACGCUGGUCAACAACAGCUGGCUUCCUUAAGCAAAACAUUUCUGGUAGCCCUAAAACCUGUGACAGAAAGAAAGAUGAAAACUACAGAAGCCUCCCCCGGGAUACUAGUAACUGGUCUAACCAAUUUCAGAGAGACAAUGCUCGGUCAUCCCUGAGUGCUAGUCACCCCAUGGUGGACAAAUGGCUGGAGAAGCAAGAACAGGAUGAGGAUGGGACAGAAGACAACAGUCGUGUUGAACCUGUUGGACAUGCUGACAGUGGUUUGGAGAACAUACCCAACUUUUCUCUGGAUGAUAUGGUAAAGCUCGUACACGUCCCCAACGAUGGAGGGCCUCUGGGAAUCCAUGUAGUGCCUUUCAGUGCCCGAGGAGGCAGAACCCUAGGGUUAUUAGUAAAACGACUGGAGAAAGGUGGUAAAGCUGAACAAGAAAACCUUUUUCAUGAGAACGAUUGCAUUGUCAGGAUUAAUGAUGGUGAUCUUCGAAAUAGAAGAUUUGAACAAGCACAGCAUAUGUUUCGUCAAGCCAUGCGCACACCCAUCAUUUGGUUCCAUGUGGUUCCUGCAGCAAAUAAAGAGCAGUAUGAACAACUCUCCCAAAGUGAGAAGAACAAUUACUAUUCAGGCCGCUUUAGCCCUGAGAGCCAUUAUAUUGAUAACAGGAAUGUGAACAGUGCAGGGCUUCAGGCACCACAGAGAGCGCCCAGACUGAUCCACCAGGCCGAGCAGAUGGACUUGCACCCACGACUACCUCAGAGCACACAGCCCUCUGGAAAGCCACCAGCAGCUCCAGCCCCAGCACCACAAAGUGUAUUUGGUACAAGUGUAAGCAGUGGUUAUAAUACCAAAAAAAUAGGCAAGAGGCUGAAUAUCCAGCUUAAGAAAGGUACAGAAGGUUUGGGAUUCAGCAUAACUUCCAGAGAUGUAACAAUAGGAAGCUCAGCUCCAAUUUAUGUGAAAAACAUCCUUCCCAGGGGGGCUGCCAUCCAAGAUGGACGGCUGAAGGCAGGGGACCGCCUGGUAGAGGUCAAUGGAGUAGAUUUAGCAGGCAAAUCCCAAGAGGAAGUUGUUUCCCUGUUGAGAAGCACCAAAAUGGAAGGGACUGUUAGCCUUCUGGUCUUUCGCCAAGAAGAUGCCUUUCACCCAAGGGAACUGAAUGCAGAGCCAAGCCAGAUGCAGAUUCCAAAAGAAACGAAAGCAGAAGAGGAGGAUGUUGUUCUCACACCUGAUGGCACCAGGGAAUUUUUGACAUUUGAAGUUCCACUUAACGAUUCAGGAUCAGCAGGUCUUGGUGUCAGUGUCAAAGGUAACCGGUCAAAAGAGAACCAUGCGGAUUUGGGAAUCUUUGUCAAGUCCAUUAUUAAUGGAGGAGCAGCAUCUAAAGAUGGAAGGCUUCGGGUGAAUGAUCAGCUGAUAGCAGUGAAUGGAGAAUCCUUGUUGGGCAAGACAAACCAAGAUGCCAUGGAAACUCUCAGAAAGUCUAUGUCCACUGAAGGGAACAAGCGAGGAAUGAUCCAGCUUAUUGUUGCGAGGCGAAUAAGCAAGUGCAAUGAGCUCAAGUCACCUGGGAGCCUCUCGGGACCUGAGUUGCCCGUUGAAACGGUAUUGGAUGAUAGAGAACGAAGAAUUUCCCAUUCCCUCUACAGCGGGAUUGAGAGGCUCGAUGAAUCCCCCACAAGGAAUGUUGCACUCAGUAGGAUAAUGGGAAAAUACCAGCUGUCCCCCACAGUGAAUAUGCCCCAAGAUGACACUGUCAUUAUAGAAGAUGACAGGUUGCCAAUGCUUCCUCCACAUCUCUCCGACCAGUCAUCUUCCAGCUCUCAUGAUGAUGUGGGAUUUGUGACGACAGACCCUGAAACCUGGGCUAAGGCUGCAAUCAGUGAUUCAGCAGACUGCUCUUUGAGUCCAGAUGUUGAUCCAGUUCUUGCUUUUCAACGAGAAGGAUUUGGACGCCAGAGUAUGUCAGAAAAACGCACAAAGCAAUUUUCAGAUGCCAGUCAAUUGGAUAUCGUUAAAACACGAAAAUCAAAAAGCAUGGAUUUAGGUAUAGCUGACGAGACUAAACUCAGUACAGUGGAUGACCAGAAAGCAGGUUCCCCCAGCAGAGAUGUGGGGCCUUCCCUGGGUCUGAAGAAGUCGAGCUCAUUAGAAAGUCUGCAGACGGCAGUUGCUGAGGUGACUUUGAAUGGGGAUAUUCCUUUCCAUCGCCCACGGCCACGGAUAAUCAGAGGAAGGGGAUGCAAUGAGAGCUUCAGAGCUGCCAUUGACAAGUCUUAUGAUAAACCCACAGUAGAUGAUGAUGAUGAAGGCAUGGAGACAUUGGAAGAAGACACAGAAGAAAGCUCAAGAUCAGGGAGAGAGUCUGUGUCCACAGCCAGUGACCAGCCUUCGUAUUCUCUGGAAAGACAAAUGAAUGGAAACCAAGAGAAAGGAGAUAAGACUAACAGGAGAAAGGAUAAAACUGGAAAAGAGAAGAAAAAAGACAGAGAUAAGGAAAAGGAUAAAGUGAAAGCCAAGAAGGGAAUGCUGAAGGGCCUGGGCGACAUGUUCAGGUUUGGCAAACAUCGAAAAGAUGACAAGAUUGAGAAAACGGGUAAAAUAAAAAUACAGGACUCCCUUACUUCAGAAGAGGAGAGAAUACGAAUGAAGCAGGAGCAGGAGAGGAUUCAAGCCAAAACUCGAGAAUUUAGAGAGCGACAAGCUCGGGAGCGUGACUAUGCUGAAAUUCAGGAUUUUCAUCGGACGUUUGGUUGUGAUGAUGAGUUGAUGUAUGGGGGAAUUUCUUCCUAUGAGGGUUCCAUGGCUCUCAGUGCCAGACCCCAGAGCCCAAGAGAAGGACAUGUGAUGGAUGCUUUGUACGCUCAAGUAAAGAAGUCGCGGAAUUCCAAACCUUCACCAGUAGACAGCAACAGAUCAACUCCUAGCAACCAUGAUCGGAUACAGCGUCUGCGGCAGGAGUUCCAGCAAGCAAAGCAGGAUGAAGAUGUAGAAGAUCGGCGACGGACCUACAGCUUUGAACAACCCUGGCCCAGCUCCCGGCCUCCGGCGCAGAGCGGCAGGCACUCGGUGUCCGUGGAGGUGCAGAUGCAGCGCCAGCGGCAGGAGGAACGCGAGAGCUUCCAGCAGGCCCAGCGCCAGUACAGCUCCCUGCCUCGGCAAAGCAGGAAAAAUGCCAGCUCUGUCUCCCAGGAUUCCUGGGAGCAGAACUACUCGCCUGGGGAAGGCUUCCAGAGUGCCAAGGAGAACCCCAGGUACUCCAGCUACCAAGGCUCCAGAAAUGGCUACCUGGGCGGGCAUGGCUUCAACGCCAGGGUGAUGCUGGAGACCCAGGAGCUCCUUCGCCAAGAACAGAGACGGAAAGAGCAGCAGAUGAAGAAGCAGCCCCCCCCUGAGGGGCUCAACAACUAUGACUCAUAUAAGAAUGUCCAGGACCCCAGUUACACUCUACCUAAGGGACCGUUCCGGCAGGAUGUGCCUCCCUCCCCGUCUCAGGUCGCUAGGCUAAACAGACUGCAGACUCCUGAGAAAGGGAGACCCUUCUAUUCCUGAGCAGGAGAAGAGUGAAUGCUUCAUUCAUGCAAUAAAGGACACUUUCCUGGGAAGAGUUGUUGUAUUUUGGGAGUUUUUUAAAAACCUCCAUGGUACUAUGAAAUAUUUCUGUUGUUGGUAUUAGUGCCUUUAAGCAAUAUGGGCAGAGAAAUGGAAGGCCUUAAUGUCUUUGCCAGUAUGUCUCAAGUGUAUUUCAUGGAAGGAUUUCCCACCAUCUGACAAUCAUCUGCUUGAAGCAUUCAUAUGCUCUGCAUCUCUCAGGAGGACCAGGAAUUCUUGGCCGACUCAAGAGAUGUUCAUGGAUUUGUGUCACAGCCCCAUAAACUUGUGCUGACAAAUUACCUUGAAGCUGAGGUUAAUGUUGAUUUCUUUUUACUCCCUUUAAGUUUUCUGAGAUAUAAGGUGCCUCUCAGUUUCUAGUGGAUGAAAGUGGGUGACAUACUGCAGAAACUGGGGCUUUAUGGUACUUCACAGCACAGUCAUUUAUAUUUGGUACAGUUUUCCCUUUUCAUUCUCAGCUCCUCAUAACAGGAAAGUUCCUUCAUGUUAUAAAGAAGCUAAGCCAUAUUCCAGCACUGUCUGGUUAUCGUGGGGCUCCUUUUGUAACUGCCUUAUAACUCAACAUUACCAGUAAAGUGAUCAUUCUAGUCUGAGAUUAUAAAUGCUCUUUUUCAGUCAUGUUCCUAAUACAUGUGUUGAGUCACCACAUGUCUGAGUAGGGAAGGUAGGAGAUGGGAGGGACCCCUGGAAGGGAGGGACUGGGCCUGCCUGUCGUCCCUGUGUAUAUCAUGAUCUGGGAGGUGGUAGUGAAGGAAACAAUUCUCCCAGGAUGAGCUUCUGCCCAGUACAUCCCAGUAAUUAUUUUCAUUAGUUUUUGAUUGACAGGUUGGCAGGAAGGGUAUAGAGUGGGACAAAGAUAGGUCAGUCAUUUGGAGACUCUAAAAACUCAUCUGCUUUCUACUGUUUCUCAAGUCGAUAGGAAUUGACGUGUGUCUAGUGCAUCCACAUGUUACAUUUCUGCCUGGUGAUGGCAUCCGUGCUACUAAAUAACUCUGCUAUGAAACAGAAAAGACAAAUAAGGGAAAACCCGUCACACUUCACAAAGAGAACAUUCUGG